AUGUUUUUUGAUGCUUGGCUCCUCGUUGAGGUCGCCGAUCCUCGAUGCUCGGCCCCUGAGCAAGGCCGCCCCAGCUAUCCGAGCGCUUGCGGCCCGGGUCCCUGGCACCCUCUGGGUGGUGCCACGCCGAUCUCUUCACUCACCGCUGGUCCCAGCCAAAGCAUGACAAGUGGCGCCAACCUGCAUGAUAUCGUGACAUCCGAUGCCUCCAACAUUCAGUGGAAGUCCCUGACAGACAUCGCUUUAUACUGUGAAAACCUUGUUCAAUCCUUCUCCUUGGAAGAAGAGACAGCAGCAGAGGAAUCCAGCGAUGUCGAUGGCCAGGGGGAAGAGAACCGAUCCAGCGCCUCUCCGACAGGUCUGAAUGAGAAGGUCUUUCAUUUGGAAACAGUCGUCCAGCAGCUGAAUGAGAAGCUACAGCAGGAGCAGGAGGACAAGGCCCAGCUGACGACCGAGAUGGAACAGCUUCGACAGACUAACCAACGUCUGCACCAGGAAUCUCAGACCACCGUCUGUCGCCUGUUACGAGUAACGGAAUUACUGAUCCAUAACGGCAAUUCCCAGGCUCCCAACUUGCAUAAUUAGGGGAGGGUGCUGGGAAUGCUGCUCACUUUCUGUCAGGAUGUGACCUUUGCCCCCAAUGGUUGGCAGAUGUGAACUGCCGCUGAUUUGCUUUGUUCUGGGAACGUGCAUAAACGGACGCUCUGCUUGGUCCGGUUCCAAAACAGGCCCUUCUGCCCACCGGGUCCGUGCCGGCCGGCGAUCCCCGCGCACUUACACUGUCCUAAGCGCUCGCUAGGGUUGUGGUCACCCCGAAGCCGAUGCGCCUGCAAACCUGCACGUCUUUGGAGCGUGGGAGGA